AUGGUUAUUGGAAGAACCACUUUGUUGCGAUUUCCUUUAGCACUGAUCCGUUGCUUUGGCCUAAGAACCUUCAUGACUACUAACAUAGAGAGCGCAUCCGCCCUCUCUUCUGCUUCAAUCGAGAUUAAGAGAACUGUUGGAGAUGAUGUGAACUCUUCUCGUGCGACCAAAAAACCAAGAAAGGUGAAGAAAUAUAAGGCGAAAGUCCCUGAGCCCACUACACCUUUGGGAGUUUUAGCAUUAGAAAUUGAUUCUUUAACUAAAGAGUUCGGACUAAGUGCUGAGCAAAUAGAAACGGACGUCACUCCAAUUUUAAAUGAUGUCCGCAAUGGUGAUAUCCAGCAAGCCUACAACCGUGAAGUCCACGAUGUUGAAAUUCUGAAAAUAUCUUCUGGUGGUGAUGGUCUAGCAUUAAUUCCUCAUCCUGUUGCUAUUGAAAAGAAGCAGGUUGCUUUGGUUCCAUUCGCAUUACCAGGCGAUGUUGUCUCGAUAAAAGUUGACAAGACCCAUCCUAGGUAUGUGGAGGCAUCGCUAUUAAAGAUAAGCAAGGCUGGGGAGCUUAGAAACGACGACUUGAUUAGCUGUAAAUAUUUUGGAAAGUGUUCUGGGUGCCAGUACCAAAUGCUACCCUACGAAACACAACUGCAGUUUAAGAAGCGAACUGUUUUCAAUGCGUUCAAAUACUUUGCUCCACGCCUCAUGAAAAAAGGCCUCAUUCCAGAUGUGCUUGAUACCAUGCCUUCUCCUUUGCAGUACGCAUACAGAACCAAGUUAACGCCACAUUUUGACAUGCCCCGUAAGCUUAAACAGUUGACCUAUAAGCCUCCUCUUGGGUUCGGCCAAAAAGGACGGCCUAAGUGGCGGGGAAUUGAAGCAGGUGGAGAUGCAGCUAUCCUGGAUAUUGAGGACUGUCCAAUCGGUACAGAAGUCAUCAACCAAGGUAUGAAGAACGAGCGUGCCAAGUUUGACUUAACUUUUCAGAACUACAAGAAGGGUGCUACUAUACUGCUGAGGGAGCACACAAAACGUGUUGAGUUAGAUAAACCAGUUGAAGAACAGCUAGAUGAAGGCUCCAGAGAUAUUAACACAAAGGCAGUGUCCUACUUGAAACCUAAACCUGAAGAACUGCUAGUGAAGACUUGCGUAACAAACUUCAGACAAGUCGUCACAGAGUACGUCAAUGGGUACACAUUUAAAUUCAGUGCAGGCGAAUUCUUCCAAAACAACAACUCUAUACUUCCAGCUGUAACUGAUUAUGUCCGCGAGCAACUCCGAAUUCCAAAUUCCAAGCCUGAAGAUCCUCACUACCUUGUUGAUGCGUAUUGUGGAUCCGGUCUUUUCAGUAUAACUGCUUCAAGUGGUGUAGAUAAAGUAAUUGGAGUAGAGGUUUCAGCUGAUAGCGUAUCGUUUGCAGAGAAGAACGCGGAGGCAAAUGGAGUUAAGAACUGUAAAUUUAUCGUUGGUAAGGCAGAGAGAAUUUUUGAUUCUAUUGACACGCCUUCUGAUAGAACAUCCGUGAUUCUUGACCCCCCUCGUAAAGGUUGCGAUGAAGUAUUUUUGAAACAGCUUGCAGAAUAUAACCCAGCACGCAUUGUCUAUAUUUCAUGUAAUGUCCAUUCGCAAGCGAGAGACGUUGAGUACCUCAUUAAUGAGACGGUGAACGGAGCAAACUACAAAGUGGAAAGUGUAAGAGGGUUUGACUUCUUUCCACAAACGCAUCACGUCGAGAGUGUAUGUGUCUUGACCCAUGUAUAA